AUGAAAGAAGUUAUAAUCUUUCACAUCGUGUAUCUGAUCAAAAUCAGGAUUUCGUUGCUGAAUGAUGAACUUGAAGAGUUGGGAAAAAUACUAAUAAAAAAUAACAGGACUUUUUCAGAGAAAGGUAUUAUGUUGAAUAUCGGAAGUAUUUCAUUGACCAAAAUGGGUGGCAAUACUAAACAAUUCCGAAAACAAGAUAUAAAAAUUCAGAAAGCAUCGGAUAUAGCCAGCGUUUGCAAUAUAAUCAUGCUGAGUUGUCUUCUUCACCUCAUCGUCACUUCAUAUUUUCUACUGAUAGACAUCUUCCUGCGAGGUAGUCCAGUUGUUAUAAUUCAACAGUUAAUUUGGAUCCUAGUACAUGUGGGACGAAUACUCCUUAUAGUUGAGCCUUGUCAAUCGUGUGUUAAUGAGCACAAGAAAACGAAAAUCAAAGUUUGUGAGCUCCUGACAUAUGAUAUGAAUGAAGAGGUCAAAAAUUCGAUGGAAUAUUUUUCACUUCAACUGAUGUACUGUGAAAUGGAUUUUUCUUGUUGUGGAUUCUUUGAAAUUAACAGAAGCCUUUUAACAUCGAUUGCAGGAGCAGUUUUCACUUACCUGGUCAUACUUUUCCAGUUUGAAGAUUAGAUGAUAGCUGCCCAUUCUAGAACCCCUUGUAGAAUAUUGAACGUAUGUUCACUCUACUAUUAAUUUUAGUUUUUCUAAAAAAGUUAUAUAUUUUUAUGUACAAUGUACAGAAGCACAGAAAAACUACAUAUUUUAACUUAUGUGUAAAUAUGUGGUUUGUGAAUGAAGAUAUUUUUUGUUGUAACAGCUUACUUC